AAAUUUAAAAUUAAAUAAAAUGUAUUGUACAAAAUUAUAUUUAGUAUGAAUAAAAUUAUUAAAAUACCUUCUUCAAAAAAAAAAUUAUUAAAAUACCCUUUUGACUCCGGUCUAGCGGCCUACCCGACCUCGGCCUUUCCUACACAUUACUUGAAUAUAAAUAUUUGACAGACUGCAUUCUCAAUUUCUCACACGCUAAUAUCACCCAAACUUCCCAACACUCAAACCCCACAAAACCCAUUUAUGGAAAAACAAUCGUACCACACUACCCCAAUCUUUUAAUUACUAUUACCACUAUAAUUAUUAACACCACAAAUAUCCAUUAUUAAGUGCAUUCUUAAUCAAAUCCUCUUCACUUUAUCAAAUUAUAUCUUUAUGCUAGACUGUACACACUGACAAUCAAAGCUUUUAGGGUUCUCAAUUCUAUAUAUACCCAAUAAUCCAGCACUUUUUAUUCAACUGCAAACCCUUUUUUAGAGAGUAAUUUAAACAAUAUGGCAAAAAGCUCUGUUUUAUACCAAAAUGCUCUGUUUUUUGCAACUCUGUUUCUUCUUUUUCAUGGAAAUUUUGCUAGAAAAUCAAAAAGAAAUGGUGGUAAUGGUUUAGAAGAAUGGGGUUAUGUUGAAGUUAGACCAAAAGCACACAUGUUUUGGUGGUUGUACAAAAGUCCAUUUAGAGUUGAUAAUCCAAACAAGCCAUGGCCAAUAAUUCUAUGGCUUCAAGGUGGGCCGGGAGCUUCAGGAACAGGAAUUGGCAAUUUCGAAGAGGUCGGACCAUUAGACACAAAUUUAAAAACUCGAAAUUCGACAUGGUUGAAGAAAGCAGACCUUCUCUUUGUCGAUAAUCCAGUAGGAACAGGAUUUAGUUAUGUAGAAGACAAGAAAUUAGUGGUGAAAAGUGAUGAAGAAGCUGGAGAAGAUCUAACAAGAUUGUUAAAAGAGAUAUUUAACAAGAAUGUCAAGUUACAAAAAAGUCCAUUGUUUAUUGUUGCUGAAUCUUAUGGUGGUAAAUUUGCGGUUGCUCUUGGAUUAGCUGCACAUAAAGCCAUUCUUUCUGGCCAAUUGAACCUCAAGCUUGGAGGUAUUGCCCUUGGUGAUAGUUGGAUUUCUCCUGAAGAUUUUGCGUCAUCGUGGGGGCCUCUUCUUAAAGAUGUUUCAAGGCUUGAUGAUGAAGGAUUUCAAAAUGCUAACAGUUUAGCAGAGCAGAUUAAGCAGCAAUUAAGCAAGGGACAAUUUGAGAAUGCCACAGAAACAUGGUCUGCACUAGAGAGUGAUAUCAGCUCUCGAAGUAAUAGUGUGGACUUUUACAACUUUUUACUGGAUUCUGGUUUGGACCCACUUUCAACAACAACAACAACGAUGACAACAAAUGUGGGAUUAUCAAAAAAGCUAGUGUUUGGCAGAUACUCAACUUACCUUUCUUCUUUAAGGAGUUAUCCUGCUGGAAAUGAGGGUGGUCUUGGUUCUUUAAUGGAUGGUCCUGUUAGAAAGAAGCUUAAAAUUAUUCCAGAUAAUGUCACGUGGGGAGGCCAAGGUGGCCUGGUUUUUGAUGCACUUGAAAGUGAUUUCAUGAAGCCUAGGAUUGCUGAGGUUGACGAGUUGCUUUCUAAAGGAGUUGACGUUACUAUAUACAAUGGACAACUUGAUGUCAUUUGUGCAACCAAAGGAACACAAGCAUGGGUGGAGAAGCUCAAGUGGGAAGGUCUAAAGAGUUUUCUAAGUGAGAGUAGGACACCCCUAUACUGUGACAGUGAAGCAGGAACAAAGGGGUUUUACAGGUCAUACAAGAAUCUGCAUUUCUAUUGGAUUCUUGGAGCUGGACACUUUGUACCUUUGGAGCAGCCAUGUAUUGCAUUAAAAAUGGUGGGUAACAUUACGCAGUCUCCUGCUACAUAAAAGACGCAUCAGAUAGAAAGAUUAUGAUAAAUUUACAGUGUGGUCAAUGAAUAACUGUGCACACAUUAAAUGUGUGCGAAUGAAAAAGGGUAAAUGUUAGGAAUUUAAUGUACAGAUGGUUGAUCAGUCAACAAUCAACAGAUGAGUUAAAGAGAAUUUUAUAGAGAAAGAGAGGUUUUAUUUUCGUGAAAAAGCUGAUUGAUUGCAACUUUUCAAUUGUUCAAAAAAAAAAAAAAAGUCUUCUUACAGGUAAUGUAGGAAAGGGGAAAAAGAGAGGUUAUAUUUAGUUAACUAUAUAUGAUAAUUUAGGCAAUUUUACUUUGAUUGUUA